AGAGGAAAUGUCCAUAUGGUCUUCACUUUGGCGUUGACCUGAUUCUUGACAGGACCUAGCCAGUUCAGAACCUCUGAAGCCGUCCCAAAAUGACGGAAAUUGUGGAGGAAUAUGAGGAGUUUGAGGAGGAGUAUGAGGAGGAGGGGGAGGAGGAGUAUGAGGAGGAGGAGGAGGAGAUUGUAGAAGAGAUUUCAACGACGACUGUCACUGAGCACAACACUCAGUUCGUUCAGUCUGGCUUGCCCACCAGGAAAGUCAGGAAGAAAGUCAAGGUGGAUACUUCCAAGUUCAUGACUCCAUACCUGGCCCACAGCCAGAAGAUGCUGGAGCAGUUCAGCCACAACAAAUACCGGCAGGCCUAUGACCUGUCCAGAGGCACGCCUCCUUCCUUCAUCACUGAUACCCCUGAAAUGAUUCGCAUCAGGAAGGCACAGGAGCAGCUUAGUGAGGUGAAAUACCGCAUGGAGGGAAAUAAGGCUCGGACAACAAGUUUGUAUGAUGGCGAGGCCAAAGAGAUCGCCCAUGUCAAGCAUGUAUCUGAACUGAUAAGCAAGGUUCUGUACAGACAGAAGUGGGAUGAGACUAAGGACAGGUACCUGCUGCCCCCUGAUGCUCCUGAGCUGGUUCUGGCUGUGAGGAAUGCUACCAACUUAAGCAAAAAACUUUACACGGAGGCCUGGGAGGACGAGAAGACCCUGUUCUGCCCUUACAGUGACAGCCCAGAACUGCGCAGGGUGGCCAAGGCUCAGGAGGCCCUCAGUGAUAUUCACUACAAGAAGGGUCACCAUGAGCGCAAGGCCAAGUACACCUCCUUGGCUGAUCCUCCUGAAGUGGAGCUGGCCAAGAGAGUUGCCGAUCAGCGCAGUGAUCUAAAGUACAAGGAAGAUUACAAUAAGAAUGUGAAGGGUCAAUGGUGUGAGACGCCCUACUUUGAUGUGGCCAAUGCCAGGGUGGCGAUGGAAAACUUCAGCCAUAGAGUAUACACGCAACAUUAUGAGGAUAUAAAAGACCAAAUUUAUUUCAUGCAAACAGACACACCAGUUUACGACACAAACAAGAAGGCUUGUGUUGCUGCUAGUGAGGUCCAAUACAAGAAGGAAUAUGAGAAGACAAAAGCACAGUCUGACUACAACACGCUCCCCGCCACUGAGAAUCCUCUCCUCAGACAGCUCAGAUACGCUGGCACCAUCCUCAGUGAUAAAGUAUAUAAGGCCAACUAUGAGAAAUCCAGGGGUUUCAGCAUCAACUACUGUGACACGCCCAAGUUUCAGAUGGACUCAGUACUUAAACAGUUCACUGAUGCACAUUACAAAGAUAAGUAUAAAAAAGAGGUGAAGGGCCACUACGUUGGCAGCUAUGAAGAUCUCUAUACGCUUCACUGCCAGAGGGUUGAGGAAAUGAAGAGUGAGCAAAUAUAUAAAGCUGAUUAUGAAGACACCAAAACGAGAUGCUUCUUCCCUCAAACAAUUACGCCUGAAUAUGAAGCUGCGAAGAAGCUUCAACAGUGUAACGAUAAUGUUUACCGGCAACAUCCAGACACAGUGAAAUUUACACAGGUGAUGGAUUCGCCAGUUCUGGUUCAAGCCGCCGUCAACGCCAAACAGCUAAGUGAUUUGAACUACAAGGCAAAGUAUGAGGAAACAAAGUUCAAGUGUAGUCUGCCCCCAGACUAUCCCUUCUUCAUUCAGUCCAGAGUUAACGCUUUCAACCUCAGUGAUAACUGUUAUAAGUACGAUUGGGAAAAAUCUAAAGCGAAAAAGUUUGAGGUCAGGGGCGAUGCCAUCUCGAUCCUUGCUGCCCGUGCUCACACAAACAUUGCCAGUGAUGUUAAAUAUAAAAAGGAGUAUGAGAAGAACAAGGGACAAAUGGUUGGAGCCCUCAGCAUUAAUGACGAUCCCAAGAUCUUGCACUCCGUUCACGUGGCCAAAAUCCAAAGUGAUCGUGAAUAUAAAAAGGACUAUGAAAAGAUAAAGACCAAGUACCAUACACCACUGGAUAUGUUGUCAGUCACCUUGGCUAAGAAAUCUCAGGCGAUUGCCAGUAUGGCUGGGUAUAGGAGCAUCAAUCCAAACUACUUCCUUCCCCAUGACAGUGUGCUGUUGGACCUGGCCAAGAAUGCCAGCUUCAUCCAGAGUGAUAACGAGUACAAGUCUGACUACAACAACUAUACCAAGGGUAGCCCGUGGGUCCCGUUUGGCUCCAUGGAGGUGGAAAAUGCUAAAAGAGCGGCGGAUAUCCUUAGUGAGAAAAAAUACAGACAACACCCAGACACAGUCCCCUUCACAGCAAUCCAUGACCACCCCAUCAUGAUGCAGGCCAAGGUCAACCAGCUUCAGAGGAGUGAUCGAUUCUACAAGAGAGGUCUUGAAGAGGUUCAUCAGAAGUACUCUUUGCCUCCUGAUGUCCCUGAGUUCCUGCAGGCCAAGUGCAAUGCCUACAACAUCAGCAAGAACUACUACAAGCUUGCCUGGCAGGAUAUUAUUGCUAAAGGUUAUGACAUGAAGCCUGAUGCUAUCUCUGUUGUCGCUGCCAAAGCUGCCAGACAUGCGGCCAGUGAUGUCCAAUAUAAAAAGUCUUAUGAGAAGGCAAAGGGCCAUCAUGUUGGCUACCGCAGCCUUCAGGAUGAUCCUCUGCUGGUUCACUACAUGGAGGUGGCUAAGAUACAGAGUGACAAGAACUACAAGAAGGACUACCACAAGGCCAAGCUGAAGUUCCAAUCCCCAGUGGACAUGUUGAGUGUGGCUCAUGCAAAACAUGCCUCAUCAGUGCAGACCUUCAUAGGCUACAAGCAGCACCACCAUAAUUACUGUCUUCUGCCUGACUCUAUGAGUCUGGACCUUGCUCGAAACAUGAACUACAAUUCCAGUGAUCAUAACUAUAAAUUGGAUUAUGAGACCUCAGUUAAGGGAACUGGCUGGGUUCCCAUUGGUUCCUUGGAGGUGGAAAAAGCCAAGACAGCAGCUGCAGCUCUGGAUGAGAAAAAGUACCGCCAGCACCCUGACACCCUCAAAUUCACCAGUACUCCUGACUCCAUGAACAUGGAGCUGGCCAAGGCCAAUGCCAAGAUCCUGAAUGUGAAAGAGUAUAAGGCCAGUGGAGAGAAGUUCAUGCACACUUACCAUCUCCCUCCUGAUGCCCCUGAACUGAUGCAAGCCAGAUACAAUGCUGUCAACAUCAGCCAGAAUUACUACACCUAUGCUCAUCGUCAAGAUCUGCUCAAAGGACAUCAAAUGAAGGAAGAUGCUAUUCCUAUUGUUGCAGCAAAAUCUUCCAGAGACAUUGCCAGCAAUUACAAGUAUAAGUUGGCUUAUGAGAAGGCAAAGGGCCAUCAUGUUGGCUUCCGCAGCCUUCAGGAUGAUCCUCUGCUGGUUCACUACAUGGAGGUGGCUAAGAUACAGAGUGACAAGAACUACAAGAAGGACUACCACAAGGCCAAGCUGAAGUAUCACACACCAGUGGACAUGAUGAGUGUGGCUCAUGCCAAGCACGCCUCUGCUGUUCAGACUUAUACAGGUUACAGAAAGAUCCCUCACAACUACUUCCUUCUGCCUGACAACAUUCAACUGCAGCAGUGUCGCAACAUGAUGGAGAUUCAGAGUGAUAAUGUCUACAAGUCAGAUUAUAGCAAUUACUGUAAAGGCACAGGGUGGGUCCCUAUUGGUUCUCUGGAUGUUGAGAAGGCCAAAACUGCUACAGCUGCGCUGGAUGAAAGAGGCUACCGCCAACAUCCCAGUUCUCUCAAAUUCACAAGCAAGACUGAUGCCAUGAACAUGGCUCUGGCUCUGGCCAACACGAAGCAGUGGGACAAAACUGCGUACAAAGCUUCUGGCGAGAAGUUCCUGCACACCUAUAAUCUGCCUGCUGACAGCCCCGAGUUCCUCCAGGCUAAAUUUAACGCCCAGACACUUAGCGAGAGUCAGUACAAGCAGAAGUGGCUAGAAGAUAUUGCCAAGGGAUACGACAUGAAGCCUGAUGCUAUUCCCAUCCUGCAUGCCAAGCAAGGCAGACAUAUUGCCAGCAAUGUCCAAUACAAAAAAGACUACGAGAAGGCCAGAGGCCAUCAUGUUGGCUUCCGCAGCCUUCAGGAUGAUCCUCUGCUGGUUCACUACAUGGAGGUGGCUAAGAUACAGAGUGACAAGAACUACAAGAAGGACUACCACAAGGCCAAGCUGAAGUAUCACACACCAGUGGACAUGAUGAGUGUGGCUCAUGCCAAGCACGCCUCUGCUGUUCAGACUUAUACAGGUUACAGAAAGAUCCCUCACAACUACUUCCUUCUGCCUGACAACAUUCACCUGCAGCAGUGUCGCACCAUGAACACCCAGUCAAGUGAUUGUGACUACAAGUCUGAAUGGAACAACUAUGUCAGAGGUACGGGAUGGGUACCUAUUGGCUCACUUGCAGUUGAGACCGCUAAAGUUGGCGGACAGAUUCUGAGCGAACACAAGUACCGCAGUCAUCCAUCCAACUUCAAGUUCAGCAAGCUGAUGGACUCCAUGGACUUGGCUCUGGCUACUGCCAACAACCAGAUCAUGAACAAGCAAGCAUACACUGCAGCUUGGGAAAAGGACAAACUGGCAGUCCACCUCAUGCCAGAUGCUCCAGAGAUUGUCCUGGCCAAAGCUAAUGCCCUCAAUAUGAGCAAUAAACUUUACAAAGCCGGUGUUGUGGAGAUGGCCAAUAAGGGCUACAACCUCAAAGCAGAUGCCAUCCCCAUUGUGGCUGCCAAGUCUGGUACCACUAUUGCUAGUGAUUACAAAUACAAGUUGGCUUAUGAGAAGGCCAGAGGCCAUCAUGUUGGCUUCCGCAGCCUUCAGGAUGAUCCUCUACUGGUUCACUACAUGGAGGUGGCUAAGAUACAGAGUGAAAAGAACUACAAGAAGGACUACCACAAGGCCAAGCUGAAGUAUCACACCCCAGUGGACAUGUUGAGUGUGGCUCACGCCAAGCAUGCCACUGCUGCUCAAACUAUGGCUGGAUAUAAGAAGAUUAUCUCCCACUACACGGUUUUGCCUGAUGCCAUGAACCUGCAACUGGCUCGUAACAUGCAAUUCAUUGCCAGUGAUAACCAGUACAAGACUGAUUAUGAAAGCUUCAUAAAAGGAAUGGGAUGGGUUCCUAUCGGAUCGCUGGAUGUCGAGAAAGCAAAAACAGCAAGCCAGAUCUUCAGUGAGAAACGAUACCGUCAGCAUCCUAGCAACUUCAAAUUUACCAAGGACAUGCAGUCCAUGGACCUGGCACUGGCCACUGCCAAUAACCAGAUUAUGGAUAAGAAAUCCUACAUGAAAGCCUGGGAGGAAGACAAGACCUCAAUCCACAUCAUGCCUGAUGCAAUGGACAUUGUUCUGGCCAGAGGAAACAAGAGAAACUACAGUGAGACACUGUACAAAUUGGACAAUGAGCUGUCCAAGAAGAAGGGCCAUAAUCUUGGUGCUGAUGCCAUUGCAGUCCAGGCUGCCAAGGCCUCCACUGCUAUUGCUAGUGAUUACAAGUACAAGACAGGAUACCGUAAGCAGGUUGGUCACCACAUCGGUGCUCGCAGCAUCCAGGAUGACCCUCUGCUCAUGCUGGCUCUGAACUCAGCAAAGAUUGCCAGUGAUGCUUUGUACAAGAAGGACUUUAACAUGUCCAAGACCAAGUUCCACCUGCCAGUGGACAUGCUGUCAUUUGAACUGGCCAAGAAGAACCAGAUUCAGGUCAACCAUGCCAACUACAUCACCCGUUUGCACAACUGGACCUGCCUGCCAGACUCCAAUGAUGUUGUGCAGGCCAGACAUGCAUAUGACCUGCAGAGUGAUGCAAUUUACAAGGAGGAUCUGAAGGUGUUGCAGGGUAUUGGAUGGGUGCCUAUAGGUUCACUGGAUGUUGAGAAGGUGAAGAAAGCCGGUGAGAUCCUGAGUGAAAAAAAGUAUCGUCAGCACCCAAGCAACUACAAAUUCAAAACCACUACUGAAGACAUGCCCAUGGUGCUGGCUAAGGCCAAUGCUCAUGUUAUGAACAAGCAAACAUAUAUCCAAGCCUGGGAGAAUGACAAGACAAAUAUCCACAUCAUGCCCGACGCUAUGGAGGUUCUUCUGGCCAAAACAAACAAUGUCAACUACAGUUUGACAAAGUACAAACAGGCACAUGAAGAUGCCAAGAAGGAGGGCUAUGAUCUGCGCAAUGAUGCCAUUUCCAUCAUCGCAGCCAAGGCUUCCAGGGACAUUGCCAGCGAUUAUAAGUACAAGGCAGGAUACCGUAAGCAGGUUGGUCACCACAUCGGGGCUCGCAGCGUGCAAGAUGACCCUCUGCUCAUGCUGGCUCUGAACUCAGCCAAGAUUGCCAGUGAUGCUUUGUACAAGAAGGACUUUAACAUGUCCAAGACGAAGUUUAACUUGCCAGUGGACAUGCUGUCCUUUGAACUGGCCAAGAAGAACCAGAUUCAGGUCAACCAUGCCAAUUACAUCAACCGUUUGCACAGCUGGACCUGCCUGCCAGACUCCAAUGAUGUCGUGCAGGCCAGACAUGCGUAUAACCUGCAGAGUGAUGUUAUUUACAAGGAGGAUCUGAAGGUGUUGCAGGGUAUUGGAUGGGUGCCCGUAGGUUCACUGGAUGUUGAGAAGGUGAAGAAAGCUGGUGAGAUCCUGAGUGAAAAAAAGUAUCGUCAGCACCCAAGCAACUACAAAUUCAAAACCACUACUGAAGACAUGCCCAUGGUGCUGGCUAAGGCCAAUGCUCAUGUUAUGAACAAGAAAACAUAUAUCGAGGCCUGGGAGAAUGACAAGACAAAUAUCCACAUCAUGCCCGACGCUAUGGAUGUUCUUCUGGCCAAAACAAACAAUGUCAACUACAGUUUGACAAAGUACAGACAGGCACAUGAAGAUGCCAAGAAGGAGGGCUAUGAUCUGCGCAAUGAUGCCAUUUCCAUCAUUGCAGCCAAGGCUUCCAGGGACAUUGCCAGUGAUUACAAGUACAAGGCAGGAUACCGUAAGCAGGUUGGUCACCACAUCGGGGCUCGCAGCGUGCAAGAUGACCCUCUGCUCAUGCUGGCUCUGAACUCAGCCAAGAUUGCCAGUGAUGCUUUGUACAAAAAGGACUUUAACAUGUCCAAGACGAAGUUUAACUUGCCAGUGGACAUGCUGUCCUUUGAACUGGCCAAGAAGAACCAGAUUCAGGUCAACCAUGCCAAUUACAUCACCCGUUUGCACAGCUGGACCUGCUUGCCAGACUCCAAUGAUGUCGUGCAGGCCAGACAUGCGUAUAACCUGCAGAGUGAUGUUAUUUACAAGGAGGAUCUGAAGGUGUUGCAGGGUAUUGGAUGGGUGCCCGUAGGUUCACUGGAUGUUGAGAAGGUGAAGAAAGCUGGUGAGAUCCUGAGUGAAAAAAAGUAUCGUCAGCACCCAAGCAACUACAAAUUCAAAACCACUACCGAAGACAUGCCCAUGGUGCUGGCUAAGGCCAAUGCUCAUGUUAUGAACAAGAAAACAUAUAUCGAGGCCUGGGAGAAUGACAAGACAAAUAUCCACAUCAUGCCCGACGCUAUGGAUGUUCUUCUGGCCAAAACAAACAAUGUCAACUACAGUUUGACAAAGUACAAACAGGCACAUGAAGAUGCCAAGAAGGAGGGCUAUGAUCUGCGCAAUGAUGCCAUUUCCAUCAUCGCAGCCAAGGCUUCCAGGGACAUUGCCAGCGAUUAUAAGUACAAGGCAGGAUACCGUAAGCAGGUUGGUCACCACAUCGGUGCUCGCAGCGUGCAAGAUGACCCUCUGCUCAUGCUGGCUCUGAACUCAGCCAAGAUUGCCAGUGAUGCUUUGUACAAGAAGGACUUUAACAUGUCCAAGACGAAGUUUAACUUGCCAGUGGACAUGCUGUCCUUUGAACUGGCCAAGAAGAACCAGAUUCAGGUCAACCAUGCCAAUUACAUCAACCGUUUGCACAGCUGGACCUGCCUGCCAGACUCCAAUGAUGUCGUGCAGGCCAGACAUGCAUAUAACCUGCAGAGUGAUGCUGUCUACAAAGCUGACCUGAGGUGGCUCCAGGGCAUGGGCUGGGUCCCCAUUGGCUCACUUGACGUGGAGAAAGCCAAGAAGGCUGCGGAGAUCUUGAGUGAAAGGAGCUACCGACAGCACCCCAGCACUUUUCCCUUCACGUGCCCCACAGAUGAUAUGAACAUUGUACUGGCAAAGAAUAACGCCUUGACCAUGAACAAGCGUCUCUACAUCGAAGCAUGGGAGAAGGAAAAGACCAAGUUGCACAUGAAUCCUGACACUCCUGAGAUCCUCCUCUCUCAGCAGAAUGCUAUCAACAUGAGCAAGAAACUAUACAGAGAAGGUUAUGAGGCCACAAUUAAAAAGGGCUAUUUCCUCCCUGUGGAUGCUAUCUCUGUCAAGUCUGCUAAGGCCUCCCGGGACAUCAUCAGUGAUUACAAGUACAAGACAGGAUACCGUAAGCAGGUUGGCCACCACAUUGGUGCUCGCAGUGUAGAGGACGACCCUCUGCUCAUGCUGGCUCUGAACUCAGCCAAGAUUGCCAGUGAUGCUCUGUACAAGAAGGACUUCAACAAGUCCAAGACCAAGUUCCACCUGCCAGUGGAUAUGCUGAGUCUUGAACUGGCCAAGAAAUGCCAGAUUCAGGUCAAUCAUGCCAACUACACCACCCGUUUGCACCAGUGGACUUGUCUGCCAGACUCCAAUGAUGUUGUACAGGCCAGGAAAGCCUAUAAUCUUCAGAGUGAUGUUGUAUACAAAGCUGACAUGGAUGAAAUUGUAGGUGUAGGAUGGAUCCCCAUUGGUUCACUGGAUGUGUUGAAGGCCAAGAAUGCUGCAGAUAUUCUCAGUGAACAGUUCUACAGGCAGAAACCAGACACACUGAAAUAUACGACUGACAUGACUUCCAUGCCCAUGGUCUUAGCCAAAACAAAUGCUGAUAUCAUCAACAAGAGAAACUACAUUGCUGCUUGGGAGGCUGAGAAGGUUAAGACUCAUGUGACCCCUGACAUGCCUGAGCUGUUGCUUUCCAAAGCUAAUGCAUACAACAUCAGCAAGAAACUAUACAGGGAAGCUGUCGACGAGAUCUUCAGACAGGGCUAUGACCUUAAGGCUGAUGCUGUCUCUGUUGUUGCUGCCAAACAUGGAAGAGAUAUCAUUAGUGAUUACAAAUACAAGACAGGAUACCGUAAGCAGGUUGGUCACCACAUCGGAGCCCUCAGUGUCCAGGAUGACCCUCUGAUCAUGCUGGCUCUGAACUCAGGCAAGAUUGCCAGCGAUGUUUUGUACAAGAAGGACUUCAACAAGUCCAAGACCAAGUUCCACCUGCCAGUGGACAUGCUGAAUCUUGAGCUGGCCAAGAAAUGCCAGAUCCAAGUCAAUGAUUUCAACUACAGAACUCAUCUGCACAACUGGACCUGCUUGCCAGACUCCAAUGAUGUGGUCCAGGCCAGAAAGGUGUAUGACCUGCAGAGUGAUGCUGUGUACAAGGCUGACAUGGAAUGGAUCAAGGGUACAGGUUGGGUGCCAAUAGGGUCACUUGAUGUGGAAAAGGCCAAGAAAGCAGGAGAGAUCCUGAGCGAGAGGAAGUACCGUCAGCAUCCCAGCAACUUCAAGUUCACUGCCAACACAAGUGACAUGCCUUAUGUCCUUGCUCAGGCCAAUGCCCAGAUCAUGGACAAGAAAGCAUAUAUUUCUGCCUGGGAGAAUGAUAAGACCAACCUUCACAUCAUGCCUGACACCCCAGAGAUCCUCCUGGCCAGACAGAAUAAACUCAACACAAGUCUGAAAUAUUAUCGUGAAGGCUAUGUGGACUGCAUUAAUAAGGGCUACUUCCUUCCCAAAGAUGCAAUUUCUGUUUUAUCAGCCAAAGCCUCCCGAGACAUUGUCAGUGAUUACAAAUACAAGGCUGGGUUCCGCAAGCAGUGCGGCCAUCAUAUUGGUGCCCGUAGUGUUAACGACGACCCACUGAUUAUGUUGGCCGCUCAUGCAGCCAAGAUCUCAAGUGACAACAUCUAUAAGAAGGACUUCAACAAGACCAAGACCAAGUUCCACCUGCCAGUGGAUAUGCUGACACUUGAACUGGCCAAGAAAUGCCAGCAGCAAGUGAAUGAUUUCAACUACAGAACUCAUCUGCACAACUGGACCUGCUUGCCAGACUCCAAUGAUGUGGUCCAGGCCAGAAAGGUCUACGACUUACAGAGUGAUGCUGUAUACAAAUCUGAUCUGGAGUGGCUGAGAGGAUACGGCUGGUCACCUCAAGACUCUGUGGAUGUCAUCAAAGCUAGAAAUGCCCAGACUAUUCUCAAUGAGAGGCUCUACCGCCAGCACCCAAGCACUGUCAACUUCACCAGCGUUGUGGACCUCCCAGCUAUUGUCCUGUCCAAGCAAAACGCUGACAACCUCAGCGAUAGGAAAUAUAGGGAAGUCUGGGAUAAAGAAAAGCUCACCAUUCACCUGCCAUCUGACACCCCCACCUUUGAACUGUCCAGAGCAAAUGCCAUCAACGUCAGCAACAAACUGUACACAAAGGCAUGGGAUGAUCAGAAGGCCAAAGGCUACCAUAUCAAGGAGGAUGCUAUCUCUGUGCUGAAGGCUAGAGCUUCCAGAGAUAUCGUUAGUGAUUACAAGUACAAAGAUGGAUACCGUAAGCAGGUCGGCCACCACAUUGGUGCUCGCAGCGUGCAAGACGACCCUCUGAUCAUGUUGGCUAUGAACUCAGCCAAGAUUGCCAGUGAUGCCUUGUACAAGAAGGACUUCAACAAGUCCAAGACCAAGUUCCACCUGCCAGUGGAUAUGCUGAUACUUGAGCUGGCCAAGAAAUGCCAGACUCAAGUCAAUGACUUCAACUAUAGAACUUACUUGCAUCAGUGGACUUGUCUGCCAGACUCCAACGAUGUGGUCCAGGCCAGAAAGGCCUAUGAUCUCCAGAGUGAUGCUGUGUACAAAGCUGACAUGGAUUGGUUACGCGGAUGUGGAUGGGUGCCACAUGAGUGUGUGGAUGUUAUGAAGGUGAAGCAUGCACAGAAGAUCCUGGCUGAAAGAGGCUACCGUGUCAAGUUGGAUGACCAGAAAUUCACAGUUCCAACUGACAGAGUUGACUUGGUCUGUGCCAAGAAUGCUGCUGAUGUUCUCAACGAGGCCAAAUAUCGUGAGGCCUGGCACCAGGAUAAGACACACUACUCACUGGUUGACUCUCCAACUCUUGCCACAGCCAGAGAGGUGGCUAAGAACGUUCACCCAAAACUGUACUCCCAAGCAUGGGACCACGUCAAAGCCACAGGGUACUUCAUGCCUGGAGAUGCUGUGCCAAUCAAGCAGUGCAUCCAGAUGACUAAAGUGCAGAGUCAACACAAAUACCUUGAUGGAUACCGUAAGCAGGUUGGCCACCACAUUGGUGCUCGCAGUGUCGAGGACGACCCUCUGAUUAUGUUGGCUAUGAACUCAGCCAAGAUUGCCAGUGAUGUUUUGUACAAGAAGGACUUCAACAACUCCAAGACCAAGUUCCGCCUGCCAGUGGACAUGCUUCAAUUUGAACUGGCCAAGAAGUGCCAGAUCCAAGUCAAUGAUGACAACUACAGAACUCGCCUGCACAACUGGACUUGUCUGCCAGACCAGAACGAUGUCAUCCAGGCCCGCAAAGCAUAUGAUCUUCAAAGCGAUAAUGUGUACAAGUCUGACCUGGAAUGGAUGCGCGGCUGCGGCUGGGUGGCAGCAGACUCUGUUGACCACGUCAAGGUCAAGAAAGCCCAGGAAAUUCUCAACGAUAGGCUUUACAAGAAGAAUGCCAAAGAAGGCUUUGAAAAAUUCACCCUGGUUGUGGACCGCCCUGAAAUUCUCUUGGCAAAGAUGAAUUCUGCCAACCUCAGUGAUCUCAAGUACAAAGAGACAUUCAAUGCAGAAAAGGGUCAUUACAUUGGGUCAGAUGACACUCCUCUACUGGCCCAUAGCAGGGAGGUGUCGAAGAACGUCAGUGAGAAACUCUACAAACUGCAUUGGGACGAGUCUAAGGCUACAGGCUACCAUCUGGACCAUGAAUACAUCCCACUCCUCAGCGGCAAGAAAGGCAGGGAGAUCGCUAGUGAUGUCAAGUACAAGGAUUCCCAUGAGAAGGCCAAAGGUCACUACAUGGCUGGAACCCUGGUGGAUUUCCCCGAAGUGAUGCGCUGUGGAAAGCAGGAGAAGAACAAGGGACUGAGGCUCUACCACAAGAACUACCAUCAGAACAAGACCAAGACCCACAUCCCACCUGACGUGAUUUCUAACCUGGUAGCUAAGCGGUGCCAGGAUAUGCUGAGUGACGUAAUCUACCGCACCUACCUGCACCAGUGGACUUGCCAUCCUGAACAGGAGGAUGCCAUUCGUGCCCGCAAGACCAACGAGAUCCUCAGUGAUGUGUACUACAAGGAUGACCUGAACUGGAUGAAGGGUAUUGGUUGCUAUGUCUGGGACACACCAGAAAUCGUUCGUGCCAAGAAGUGCCACGAGCUGCAGAGUGAACUUAAAUACAGAGAGGAUGCCAAGAAAGAAUUCAACAAUUACUCCAUUGUGACAGACACCCCUGCUUAUGUGACUGCUGUUCUGGGUCACACCUGGGCCAGUGAGCUCAACUAUAGGGAGGCUUAUCACAAGGAGAAACACCUGUACACCACUGUUCUGGAUACCUACGACUAUGCCAGAUGCCACAACUUCAAACACUUCUUCAGCAAUAAAAACUACACUGCUACCUGGGACAAAAUCAAAGCCAAGAGCUACCACAUUCCACAUGACUCACGUGCCUUGCAACACGCCAAGCAGCAAAAGACCAUUCUCAGCAGCGUGAAGUACAAGGAGGAUUAUGAGAAGUUCAAAUCCCUCUACAGUCUGCCCAAGUCUCUUGAGGACGAUCCUGCCACUGCUCGCUGCGUCAAAGCUGGAAAGCUGGUCCUAGAUCGUUUGUACAGGGAGAACUAUGAGAAGACCAAGGCCAAGAACCAUAUCCCGCCAGACAUGCUGGAGAUCCUGUCUGCCCGCAACACCCAGACCACCAUCAGUGGGAUCAAUUACCGCAAGUAUCUGCAUCAGUGGAUAUGCCUACCUGACAUGCAGAUGUACGUCCAAGCACGCAAAGUCAUCGAGCAACUCAGUGAUAUCGUCUACAAGGAUGAUCUCAACUGGCUGAAGGGUAUCGGCUGCUAUGCCUGGGACACACCAGAAAUCCUUCGUGUCAAGCGUGCUGGUGAUCUUCAGAGUGAGAACAAGUACAGAGCCAAAGGUAUUGAGGCUUUCAAGGACUAUUCAGUAGUGACGGACACUCCAGUGUAUGAGACGGCCAAGCAGAAUGCCCAGAACCUGAGCGAUCUGCACUACCGGUCUGAUUACAAUGCCAACAUCAAGGGCACAAACACUGCUCCUGCUGUUACCAUUGACACAGAAAGGGCACGCCGGGGAAACCACAUCCAGAGUGAUAACUGGUACAAAGAACUCAACAAGAACUACAUGCCGACUGGUUACUCCCUGCCCCAUGACACUCCCCUCAUCAAGCAGGUUAAAAAGAACAGCGUUAUCACCAGCAAUGUGAAGUACAAGGAGGCCUAUGAGAUGACGAAGGCUAAGGCAUACACUCUUCAUCCAGAGGGUGUCAACUUUGUCAACGCAAGGACUGCUAACAAGAUCAUCAAUGAUCGUCUGUAUCGUGAGACCUACCAGAAGCAAAAGAGCAAGAUCCACACAACCUACGACACCCCUGAAAUCAAACAAGUCAAGAUGAACCAGGAGCACCUCAGCGACUUGUGGUACAAAGAGAAAUACUACAACAACAGAGGACAGCUGAUCUCUAUGCCAAUUACACCCGAGCUGAUGCACUGCUACCGCGUCAAUGAGAUCACCAGCGAGCUGAAAUACAAAGAGGAUCUGAUGUGGCUGAGAGGCAUUGGCUGCUUCUUGUAUGACACCCCAGAGAUGGUCCGUGUCCGCAAAAUCACCAAAUUUAAGGUAUGUGAGGGCUACCCAGUGGAGGCCAAGAAGAACCUUGCCAACUUCUCUGUGGUCCUCGACACUCCAGAGUACAAGCGUGUGACUGAGCUCAAGACCCACAUGAGCAAUCUGAUCUACAAAGCCCAUAGCAAGGAGGAAAUGGCCAAGGUCUCCACCACUUUGGACUCUGUGGACAUCAAGAGAGCCAAAUGGGCCCAGCAGCUGACUAACCAUUACAAGUACACAGAUCUGGCUGCUAAGGAGAGAGCUCAUUUCACUCCAGAACUUGAAACUCCAAACAUGGGCCAUGCUAGAAAAAUGAAAGUGGUCUACAGUGAUAACAAGUACAAAGAACAGUAUGAGAAGAUGAAGCACAGGUACACUGCCAUUGCUGAUACACCUCUUCUGAUCCGUGCCAAGAAAUCCUACCUCCAGUCCAGCGAUCUGCGCUACAAAGAGACCUUUGAGCUGGCCAAGGGCCACUACCACACAGUCAAGGAUGCUCUGGACAUCAUCUACCACCGCAGAGUCACUGAUGAUAUCAGUGAGGUUAAAUACAGGGAGAAGUACAUUAACUCCCUGGGUACAUGGAAGUCCAUCCCUGACCGUCCUGAGUUCUUCCUCAGCAAAAUUGUCAAUGAUAACGUCAGCAACGUCAAGUACAAAGAGGACCUGGAUUGGCUGAAGGGUAUUGGCUGCUUUGUGUGGGACACACCUGAGCUGUUGCGGGCUGAGAAGAACAAGACGCUGUACAGUGAGAGACUGUACAAAGCUUCCUAUGAGAGGGACAGAGGCAACUUCAAGUAUACCAGCGACACUCCGUUCUUCCAUGCUGUCAAGAAUGCUUCCAUUCUCAUUAACGAUAGGGUCUACAGAGCUAAUUAUGAGAAGACCAAGGAUAAGUUCACUAUAACUACAGAUGAUCCUAGAUACCAACUGGCCAGGGAGAACAGGAAGAUGAGCCAGUGGAGGUACAGGGAGCAGUAUGAGCGUGCCAAGGACAAGUUCACCUCCAUUUUGGAGACUCCUGAGUAUCAGGCCCACAAACGCAGCAAGAAGAUCGGUGACAUCAUCUACAAGAUGGAGUACAACAAGACCAAGGCUAAGGGCUACACCUUGCCUUAUGACACGCCAUACCAACAACACAUGAAGAAGGUCAAGGAGCUCACCAGCAAUCUGAAGUACAAAGAGGUGUACGAGAAGAGCAAGGCUCAGAUCAACAUGGACCCCGAGGCUCAUUCGAUUCGCGCUGCCAAGGAGGCUUACAAGAACAUCAGCAAUCUUGACUACAAGAAAAAGUAUGAAGCCACCAAGAACAAAUGGAUCUGGACAACAGACAGACCUGACUUUGUAAAUGCUGCCAGGAACUCUUUGCAACAGAGUGACGUUGAGUACAAGUAUGACAAAGAGAUGCUGAAGGGCUGUGUGAUACCUGUAGUUGAUGACAAGUACACCAUCCUGUGCAAGAAAAAUGCUGAUAUGGCCAGUUAUGUGAAAUACAAAGAGAAGUAUGAAAAGGCAAAGGGCCACUAUGUGCCCAUCCAUGACACUCCUCAAAUCCUCCAUGCCCAGGCUGUGCGAACUCUGGCAUCGGAGAGCAAAUACAAGGAGGCCAGUAAGAAGGAAAUGCAGUCUGGCUCAUUCACUACCCUGUCUGAGACCCGUGACACAGCCCACAGCAAGGAGGUCAACAAGCUUGUCAGCGGGAAACGGUAUAAAGCAAAGUUUGAGAAGGAGAAGGGCAAGUCAGUGUAUAACCACAUGAUCGUUCCACCUGAUGUUCAGCAUGCCAUUAAUGUGGCCAAGACUCAGAGCAGCGUUGCUUACAAGAAGGACGCCAAAGCCAACCUGCACUACACUACUGUGGCUGACCGUCCUGACAUAAAGAAGGCUACCCAGGCUGCCAGACUCAUCAGUGAGGUCGGCUACCGUAACAAAGCCCGUGAGGAGGCAAGCCGUGGAGGUUCUCUGGCUCACCGCCCAGACAUCGAUCUGGCCACUAAGGUGUCCACGCUGACCAGCCAGGUGAAGUACAAGGAGAAAUUUGACAAGGAGAUGAAAGGAAAGAGACCAAAAUAUGACCCGAAGGAGAGUAAGAUUUACAAGACUCUGAAGGAUGCAAAUGUGCUGGCUAGUGAGGUGAAGUACAAGGGUGACCUGAAGAAGAUCCACAAGCCUGUGACCGACAUGGCCGAGUCUCUGUCCAUGCAGCACAGCCUGAGCACCAGCAAACUGUCCAGCAGCUACUGCUACAAGAAGAAAUUUGAGGAGAGUAAGGGUCACUACCAUAUGAUUCCUGACACACCAGAACAGCUCCAUCUCAAGGAGGCCUCUGAACUUCAGAGCAACGUGAAAUACAAGGAGAAGUAUGAGAGGGAGAAGGGCAAGGCCAUGCUGGACUUUGAGACACCCACAUAUGUCACUGCUAAGGAGGCUCAGCACAUGCAGAGCCAGAAAGACUAUAAGAAGGACUUUGAGGAACACAUGAGGGGCAAGAACCUCUCAGGCUUGGAGGUCACCCCUGCCAUGAUACAUGUCAGACACGCCACCAAAAUAGCCAGUGAGAAAGAGUACAGGAAGGAUCUAGAAGAGGGGGUGAAGGGUAAAGGGCUAACUGUACUGGAGGAAACUCCGGAGCUUUUGAGAGCAAGGAAUGCCACUCAUAUCCUGUGUGAGAGAGAGUACAAGAAGUCACUGGAGCAGGAGAUUAAGGGCAAGGGAAUGUUGGCCUUGGCUACAGACACCCCAGACUUUAUGAGGGCCAGGAACGCUACUGACAUCCUCAGUCAGACUAAAUACAAGCAGACCGCUGAGAUGGACAGGGCCAGCUACACAACUGUCAUCGACACCCCGGACAUCAUCCAUGCUCAGCAGAUGAAGAACAUUGUCAGCCAGAAAAAGUACAAAGAGGAGGCCGAGAAGACCAUGUCUCACUAUGUACCAGUCCUGGACACUCCGGAGAUGCAGAGAGUCCGUGAGAACCAGAAGAACUUCAGCACUCUUCAAUACCAGAUUGACCUUAAAAACAUAAAGGGCAAAGUGUCUACUGUAAAGGACACUCCUGAAAUGCUCCGUGUUAAAGAGAAUACAAAGAAUUUCAGCUUGAUUCAGUACAAAGAGGAUUUGGGAGGAGGAACAGCUUUACCCGAGACCCCUGAGAUGGAGCGAGUUAAACGCAACCAGCGGAACAUUAGCACGAUACAGUACAAAGAUUCUGUGGGUCAAGGCACAGCCAUACCAGAUCUCCCUGAGGUGAAGCGGGUCCGAGAAACCCAGAAGAAUAUCAGCUUGAUACAGUACAAGGAUUCUGUGGGUCAAGGCACAGCCAUACCAGAUCUCCCUGAGGUGAAGCGGGUCCGAGAAACCCAGAAGAAUAUCAGCUUGAUACAGUACAAGGAUUCUGUGGGUCAAGGCACAGCCAUACCAGAUCUCCCUGAGGUGAAGCGGGUCCGAGAAACCCAGAAGAAUAUCAGCUUGCUUCAAUACAAAGAAGGACUGGGGCAAGGCACGUCAGUAUCAGAGACCCCAGAGAUGGAGAGAGUUAAACGCAAUCAGCAAAAUAUUAGCACGAUAAAAUACAAGGACUCUUUGGGUCAAGGCACAGCUAUACCGGACCUCCCUGAGGUGCAGCGGGUCAAACAAAACCAGAGACACAUCAGCUCGGUGUUUUAUAAAGACAGUUCAGCCAAGGGAACCCCUGUGGUGUUCACUCCAGAGAUGGAGCGAGUCAAAAGGAACCAAGAAAACAUUAGCUCGGUGCUGCUGUAUGAUGGAUUGAGGUCUAAAACAUUUCGGACGCUCACCGCGUGUUCUCCGCUCCUCCGCCGUCCUGUCCUCACUUUCCACCAGGUGCUGUACUCCGACAGUUUCCGUAAGCAGGUCCAGGGCAAGGCUGCCUUCGUUCUGGACACGCCUGAGAUGAGGCGCGUCAGGGAGACCCAGCGCAUCAUAUCUGGGGUGAAAUACCACGAGGACUUCGAGAAAACCAAGGGCAGCUUCACCCCCACCACCUCCGACCCCGUGACAGAGCGCGUGAAGAAGAACACCCAGGACUUCAGCGACAUCAGUUACCGCGGCAUCCAGAGGCGUGUGGUGGAGAUGGAGAGGAGGCGUGCCCUGGAGCACGACCAGGAGACCACCACUGAUCUGCGCGUGUGGCGUACAAACCCCGGCUCUGUGUUUGACUACGACCCCGCUGAGGACAACAUCCAGUCCAGGAGUCUGCACAUGAUGUCAGUGCAAGCUCAGCGUCGCAGCAAGGAGCACUCCCGCUCCACCAGCGCUUUGAGCGGCAUGGCUGAUGAGAAGUCUGAGGUGUCCCAGGACGCUGACCACCACAUGUCCCUCUACAGCAAUGGCUUCGUUACCCCCUCUAUCGGCUACCAGCAUGCUAAGACUGUGGAGCUGCAGCAGAGGUCAUCGUCAGUGGCCACCCAGCAGACCGCCGUUUCCUCCAUCCCCUCACACCCCUCUACCACCGGGAAGACCGUGCGUGCCAUGUACGACUACGGUGCGGCCGACAGCGACGAGGUGUCCUUCAAGGACGGCGACGUCAUCGUGAACGUCCAGUCCAUUGACGAGGGCUGGAUGUACGGCACCGUGCAGCGCACCGGCAAGACCGGCAUGCUGCCGGCCAACUACGUGGAGGCGAUCUGA